AUGAAGCAUAUGGCCAUCCUUGUGCUGUUAUGUCUGCCGGUCUGCUUGGCUUAUCCUCUGGAUGGCGCAGCGAAGAAGGACCCAGACACGGACUUCGUCCAGCAAUAUCUAGAAAAGUACUACAACCUCACAAAAGACAGGAAACAAUUUCUUAGAAGAAAUGACAAUGGUCCUGUUGUUAAAAAAAUCCAAGAAAUGCAGAAGUUCCUCGGAUUGGAGGUGACAGGGAAGGUGGACUCCAGCACCCUGGAGGUGAUGCACAAGUCCAGGUGUGGAGUUCCUGACGUUGGUCACUUCAGUACCUUUCCUGACACGCCGAAGUGGAAAAACACUCACCUUACUUACAGGAUUGUGAAUUAUACACCAGACUUGCCAAGAGAUGCUGUUGAUUCAGCUAUUAAGAAAGCGCUGAAAGUCUGGGAGGAGGUGACCCCACUCACCUUCUCUAGGAUGUAUGAAGGAGAGGCUGACAUAAUGAUCUCUUUUGCAGUUAAAGAGCAUGGAGACUUUUACCCUUUUGAUGGACCAGGAUACACACUGGCUCAUGCCUAUCCACCUGGGCCUGGGUUUUAUGGAGAUGUUCACUUUGAUGAUGAUGAAAAAUGGACAGAGGAUACAUCAGGGACCAAUUUAUUCCUUGUUGCUGCUCAUGAACUUGGCCACUCCCUGGGUCUUCACCACUCGGCCCACACUGAAGCUUUGAUGUACCCACUGUACAACUCAGUCACAGACCUGAGCCGAUUCCGCCUUUCUCAAGAUGAUGUGAAUGGCAUCCAGUCCCUCUACGGACCUCCCCCUACCUCCUCUGACGACCUAACGAUGCCCACAGAAUCUGUUCCUCCAGGACCUGAGACACCCACCAUGUGUGAUCCUGCUCUGUCCUUCGAUGCAAUCAGCACUCUGAGGGGAGAAAUUCUGCUCUUUAAAGACAGAUAUUUUUGGCGCAGAUCCCACUGGAACCCUGAACCUGCACUGAAUUUGAUUUCUGCAUUUUGGCCCUCUCUUCCAUCAAAUUUGGAUGCUGCAUAUGAAGUCAAGAGCAAGGAUACUGUUUUUAUGUUUAAGGGAAAUAUGUUCUGGGCCGUCAGAGGAACUGAGGUACAAGCAGGUUAUCCAAGAAGCAUCCAUACCCUGGGUUUCCCUCCAACCAUAAGGAAAAUUGAUGCAGCCUUCUCUGAUAAAGAAAAGAAGAAAACAUACUUCUUUGUAGAGGACAAAUACUGGAGAUUUGAUGAAAAUAGAAAGUCCAUGGAGCAAGGCUUCCCCAGACUAAUAGCUGAUGACUUUCCAGGAGUUAAGCCAAAAGUUGAUGCUGCAUCACAGGCAUUUGGAUUUUUCUAUUUCUUCAGUGGAUCAUCACUGUUUCAGUUUGACCCUAAUGCCAGGGUGGUGACAAAUGUAUUGAAGAGUAACAACUGGUUAAAUUGUUAG